UGCAUACACCGCAUUUCUAAACACAGCAGACUUUAGUUAGCGACAGUGUUUGGUUUAAAUUUCUCUACCAUUUUACUAAAGCAGAGAUGGAAGUGAAAAUGGCACGACCUUAUUUUUUCGGUGACAUCGGUUUCUGGGCAGAGAGGACAGAGGUUCAUAAGGCUGCGUAUCAGGGUCAGGUGUCAGAGCUGCAGAGUUUGAUCCAGAGUGGAGCUUCAGUGAAUAUUGUGGCUGUGGACUCCAUCACUCCCCUCCACGAGGCAGCUGCGCGCGGACAGACGCAGUGUGUGAGACUGCUGCUGGACGCAGGGGCUCAGGUUGAUGCAAGGAACGUGGACGGCAGCACUCCACUGUGUGAAGCGUGCUCUAUCGGGAACUUUGAGUGUGCGAGGCUUCUUUUGGAGUAUGGAGCAAAAGUCAACCCCAUGCUUACCUCUCGCACCACCUCUCCUCUACAUGAGGCCUGCAUGGGAGGUAAUGCAGAUUGUGUGAGGUUAGUGAUUGCUAAAGGAGCCAGUCUGGAAGCCUAUGACCUGUACUACGGUACUCCUCUACAUGUGGCAUGUGCCAACCGACACCUGGAGUGUGUUAAAGUGCUACUGAAUGCAGGUGUGCGUGUAAAUGCCACUAGGCUACACGAGACGCCCUUACAUCAUGCUGCCAAGUCCAACAAUGUGGAUAUGAUUGAGCUGCUGGUGGAGUUCGGGGCCAACAUUUACGCCCGAGACAAAUAUGACAGGAAGCCAGUCGACUACACAAGGCCAGAUACGCCCUCAGCGCACUAUCUUCAGCUUUAUAGGAGUAACCCUCUUUCUCUGCUGCAGCUGAGCCGUAUCGCCCUGAGGACGCUGUUGGGCACCCGAGCUGUGGAUGUGGUGGCCAAAUUGGAUAUUCCCAACCGUAUUAUCAGUUACCUCUUAUACCAAUGAACUCUUUCUUUAGAAGUUUUUACCUCAGAUGCACAGACACUUGAAGCACUGAAAUCUCUCCAAAAAUAAAUAUUAGUUAUAUUGGCACUUUAGAGCAUUAAAGGUGAACUAUGUAAUUUUUUUAAUGUUAAAAAUAUAUCCAAAUUAUUAUUCUUGCAAUUUUGUAUUGGCACAGAAAUUGCACACUUCACCUUUAAAAGAUGUUUGCUUGUAAAUGAAAAUUCUGUCAUUAUUAACUCAGUUUCAUGACUUUAUCCCAGUGGGGUUCAAAAUAACCUUUAAUCCCCACUGUAUGGACAAAAAGUGCUGAGAUAUUUUUCAAAAUACCUUCAUAGGGAGUAAAUGACAGAAUUUUCCAUUUUGGGCAGAUUGUCCUUUUAAGUAACAGAAGCACAACAGAUUACAUAAAUAGGAAGCAGUUCUUAAUAGCACUUCUCAGCAGAACAGUCUGGCUUUUGCUGUAAAAUAUGUUGUCGUAAUGUGUCUGAGGUGAAUUUAGGACUGAUGGAAACCAUUAUAUGUACGCUAAAUAUUGCCGCAAAGAAAGAGCAGGAGAUAGAGACACAAAAAAGAGGAAACGCUUAAUCUGGCAGCUGUCUACAUUCAGGAACUCCUCUGACCGCUAAAUGAAGUCCAGGGAAACUUCAGCAGAUUAGUCGCUCAGACGACAGACACUAUGCACAACACACAGCAUUGCUGGAAAUGAGCAUGAUAUGCUCUCAUUAGAGAUUCAUUAUAGGAGAUCACAGCGGCUUGAACAAGGUGUUAUUGCACAGGCCAGAGGGAAACACUGGCAUUCGUAUUCUGACAUCAAGCACUUUGAGUUAUACCACCGUUUUGCCACAUUCAUUGUCCGUGUUCCGCUGCAGUGACGCCACGGUGACACUGACAGAAACCAGUUUACAGCAGUGUUUUAUUGUAGUACUGUUGUAUUAGUACACCGGUUGUAAUAUUUUACAAUUCAGGUGAAGGAUUUAAUAUAGUCUGUAUGUUUGUUUCCUCAUCAUUUUUUUCUGAGUUGAGGAAAAGAUAUUAAGACUACAUGAAUUUAACUGCUGUAAUGUAACUUAUUUGAGUUCAUCAGAGUAUUCUGCAGGAAAAUACAUCAGGCUGGACUUGAUUUGAUGCAUUACGAUUUGACUGGAUCAUGAAAUGUUGGGCUUUCGUUUUUUAUGUCUUUUAUUAAUAUAAUUUAUCCUCAAUUUGGACACCUCGGCAAAAAUAAAAGUAUUUUCAGAUAUAAACAAAGUAAUAUUUUCAUGAAAGAUAAUGAUAGCAAUCGUAAACUUACAUCGCAUGCGCUUAUGAAUUGCAUAUGCAGAUAAAUUACAGCAUGCACACUACUGUUUGGGGUCAGUAAUGUUUUGUUUUUGAAAGAAAUUAUUAC